UGUGAGGCAAGCAAUAUACCUUCACAUUUGCAAAAUCAAAUAUUUAGCCUUGAAGAAACCCUCGCGAGCUCUCUCGCCGCCGGCGCUGCUAUCGCCGGACGUCUCUAUCUCGUGAAAAUAAGUGGCAAGUUACCGCUGCACUUCGUUUUUAUUCAGAUGGCAGAACAUGUUCAGGGUUCCUCCAUCUUUUCUCCGCCCCAGGUGACGUUCACCUUUCAACUUGGUUCAGAAGCUUUCUCAGUUGAUUCAAAACUCGGAAAUCUCUCCCAGCAGCUGGCAGCAGUGAAGGAAGAGAGCAUGAACAUUUUGAAGGACUACAUCACUAAACACAAUGUUCCAACUGAAGUUCCUGAUGAACCAUUGGAGCCAUCUUCUGAAGAAGAAGAAGAUGAUAAACAAAAUAAUCCGCCGAAGAAAUCAAAGAAACAGAAAUGAUUUCUUCUGAAAUUUAUGUUGAGAAGUUUCCCUGCCUUUGUUGGUUGUCUUCUUUCUUGUUGGGUUUUCUCUAGAGCUUUGAAUGAGCAGCAUGACCUGUAGAGUAACUUAGAAAAUGGUGCAGUUGCAGAUAUUUGUAGACUUGAUUGUAUUUAUCUGAAUUGUUUUGAUAAACUAUGCUGUGCUUUUUUCCCCUC